CAGAGAAAUCGGUGACGUUUUGCUGAAGUGCCGUUUUAGCCUGCACCCCACCAGGUUAUGUGGACGUGAAAAAAUCUCGUUGAUUCUCGCGAGACGUCCACCGCCACCAGCAGAAGCAGUGAGAAAGAUGAGUGCUCAGCUUUUGAGAACAGUGGCACGAAGUGCCAGGAUCCCUCACCAGAGAUCGAUCACGUCAACAUCUGUUCGAAGGCAGGAUGUUGCAUUAGAUCAAGCUCUUAAAGAUAAAAUUCAUCCUAAAGUUGGAAACCGUGACAUAGUUGGCUGGGGCUUCAAUGGAUGUGCAAGUUAUGUUGACAGGCCAGAGUUUCCCUGCCCAGCGAUUCGAUUCAAAGAGAACUCAGCUGAUGUUGUAGCUCUUCGUGAAAAAGAAAAAGGAGACUGGAGUAAACUUACCUUGGAGGAAAAAAAAGCCUUGUACAGGUCAAGUUUCUGCCAAACCUAUGCUGAAAUGAAAGCCCCAACUGGAGAGUGGAAGUCUGUGCUGUCAGCAAUUCUGCUGGCACUGUCUGCAACUGCAUGGAUAGUCAUGUGGAUGAAAAAAUAUGUGUACCCUCCAAUGCCAUCAACGAUAACCAGAGAGUGGCAAGAAGCACAGGUUGAAAGAAUGCUUGCCCAGGGCCAAGGACGUAUUGAAGGCAUCUCGUCAAGCUAUGAUUAUGAGAAGGGAGAGUUUAAAUAACUUAGGUUUGAUAUUCCAGAAAUGACUUGAUAUAAAAUGUUCUAUAUUGUUUGUAAUGUGCCAUUCAGUAAUUUUGCUUUAAUUACUUCAGUGAUUUCAUGUCAAGAAUUAUUGUACACAGUAAGCAAAACAUUCUAAAGAAGACUUGUGGAAUGUAUUACAUAACACAUGUAGCAAUAAAAGGAGUGGCUUUGGGAA